UGUUUUUAUGGCAAUAGUUCUGUUUUUAAAUUUGCUCCGAUGAAAAGCGUCCGCACUUGAAGAAUGUGUACAGAACAAAAAUAAGCUUUUCUUUUCUUCAUUAUACCAUUCGGAAUGCUUCGUGUGGGAUACUUGACACCUUACAAAUGCAUAUUACUAUUGCUAAUUCAGAUGCUUAUUAAAUAUGAUUAUCCUAGACACUUGGGAUUACGAAUAGUUAAAUUUAUUACCUCAUCAAUCUUGAAUGAGGAAAAAUGUAAAGAGGAAUGUUCAGAGCCAUCAUUUACAGAAGUACUUGAACAAAUAAAAAACUUUUGUACUUUUGAGGAAGAAUAUCUUUUAAUGGAUUUAAAAAAUGAAUUGGAAACAAUGGAUAAUCCACAUAAUAUUGACUCAUUUAUAAAAGAUUUUAAGCAUGUAUUUAAUAUGACCUGUAUUUCGGAAUUUAAAAUUACAAUAAGCAAAUCUAGUAUUUUAGGCAUAUUUAUACGCCAGUCUCUUCUUGAUUAUACAGGUCGUUCAUCAUUACAGCUUGCAGAAGAUAUUCAAAAGGCACUCAGAGAUUAUAUUCAACAUAAACCAGCCUCAUGGAUUUCAGAUCACAAUACAAAAUUAUUUUUGAACCAUCAAGCAGAACGAUUAGAGACGACAGGACAAUGCUGUUUCGAUCCAAAAGCAUUACAUAAGUUUCUUGAAGAUGUACAAAAGGAAUUACCUAAUUUGUUAGCAACGAUUGAACAUGUUCGAUAUCUAAACUAUUUGCGUACUAGAGAAUAUUCACAAGCAUUAUUCCAUUUGCAUAACUCAUUUGAUAUAAGUUUAACCGAAGGAGUUGAAAUGCAAUAUGCUUUAUUGAAUUUAGGUAUAUUAGAAUAUAAAUUUGGGCAUAUAUCAAGUGCAAUUCCAGCCCUUAACGAAGCAUUAACUGUUGCUAGAUUAAACAAUGAUGACUAUUGUCUUCAAGAAGUUCAAUAUUGGAUCGAAGUUUGUAAUAAUCAAAAUAAGAAUGAUUUAUCAUUUAUCGAAAAAGAAGCUGAUAAAUAUAUUUAUAACUUAACACAACUAUCACAUGUUAGACAAAAAUUGAAAAAUGGUGGAGACUUUCAAGAUAUAAUUGAUUCAUUAAAUCAAACUCUAAGUCGCAUUAUUGAAAACGAUAUAGAAUAUAUGAAUCGAAGUCAAUUCUUAACAACUUGUUUAGCAUGGAAAAAAUAUGGUAGUAGUAUUUUGGCAGAAACAUAUUUAAAGCUGACAAAAAAAAUGGGUGAAGAUUCAGUCGAAGAUAUAGAAAAAACUAUAUUAACAGAAGCAGCUAUGCUUGAAUCAUCAGGAGACUCACAAAAAGCUCUCGCUAUUAUCGAUAACUUUAUAAAUAAAUAUCCAAAUGAAAGCGAUUUUCUAGUAGACUGGAAACAAGCUAGAGCCCAUCUUAUUCAUCUAAUCCAAAACAAAAAAAGAGAAUUUGAUAGAUUAAUGUUGACCGAAAAUAAUGUUGAAAAGAAUAUAAUAGAAUUAGAUGAACCAUUUAUAAGUUCAAGUAUCAAGACCGAGGACUGCUUUAAAUGGUAUCAUGAUAAAGCAUACUAUUUAAUAUUAGAGAAUGAGUUGAGUCAAGCACUUGAACUACUUAUUUACUUGAAAAAUCAAAUUCGAGAGACCAAUAACAAUUAUUUGGGGACUAAUUUAAUAUUGCAGGCCACAGUACAUAUAGCAAAACAAGUUCCAGAAGAAGCUAUUCCAUAUCUAAGAGAAGCAAUGGAAAUAAGUAAAGAUACCUUUGAUACACAAACCUACUAUAAAGCCACUAUAACAUUGGCUUAUGUAUACGUAUUUAGUGCGCCUGAUAAAUCCCUAUGGAUGCUAGAACAUAUCUUUCCAAAGGUAUUGUCCAUGAAGUCAAAAGCAUUAACAUUAGAAUUAUAUUAUCUUUAUGCAGUUGUACUCGACAAGGUUUCUUCUUUAUCUGAAUUUACUUUUAAAGCAGGGAAGGAGACUAUUUUAGAUUAUAUCGAAAAAGCAGAACAGGGUUAUCGUGAAUUAUCAUUAAACAAUGAAUUAUUACGCACUUUAAUGUUUAAAUGGUCAAUAAUUGAAAAAUUCAAAUUAUUUCAUAAAAGACAAGACAUUUUAGAGGAAAUCAACCAACUUCACUUAUCACAGAGAGCCAUACACAUGUAAAGAGAGAGAGGGGGAGAUAAAGUAAAUAUUUAUUUAUACUAUAGUUAUAUUUGGCAUGCAAUAAUAUAAAGAUCAAUAUAUACUUUAUGUGCAUAUUAUUCUAUAAUUAAAAUGAAAUAUUACUGUGAUGAAUAUCCUUAAGGC